AUGUCUAAGCUGAUCCGGAGAAUCUGGCAAACCUGCUGGUUGCUCCUUCAGUGCAGAAGGACAUUUUCCUUAGUCGCGGGAGAUGCUACGCUUCUGCAAGUGAAGAUGACCGAUAGCAUGGCUGAUGGAUGGUCUCCGAUUGAGUAUCAGCUUUGGAAUGCCAGCAACGCAGGUGAGUCGACGUCUUUGCAAGUGGUAAUGCGAAGCUCCGAUGCGAGCGGCUGGAGUGGGAACAGCUACACCCUCACAUCAGGCGGCUCACAACUCAGCUCUGACACAUUACUCAGUGGAAUGUAUGAUGGAAGCGUCUCCGUGGCGGUGAACGUGGGGCAGGAGUUGAUCUUCAGCUUGCCAAAUCCAGGUGGUACUACAUCUACCAUCAGCUGGGACCUGCAAACAACCAAUGCGGAUGGUACAUUCACCAUCUAUUCAGUCUCGAGCACGGACCCAGAUUUGAUCAAGUUCCCUACAGCGCUGACCUUCACGAUGCCAGGUCUGUCGUUCCGGCGUGUCCGUCACAAAGAUCUUGGCUUACGGGAGGACUGUGUUUCUCUGGUGUCCUGCCGCCCCGACCGCAAGCGUGGCUGGCGGGCUACAGAGGGGCAGUGGCCAGAGUGCGAAAAAUCUCCAGGAGAAACGCUGAGCGCGGCUGUCAGGGACUUCCUUUGCUCCACGCUGCCUUCUGAGAACUCUUGGUACGACUUCGAGGGCUACGAGCGUGCGCGGCUCCGCUACCGCUUCGGAACGGCGGACCGUGCGCACUGCGCAGUGCCUGCCUGGCGCUACCUGCGAGAGGAGCCGUUGCGCCUCUAUUCUUUGCUGCAGGCCAAACUUGAAGCAACAAAGAUCCUUAUCAACAUCGGUGCAGGGGAUGCGUCUAUCGAUGACCCCCUGGGCAACAUUUUGCGAAACUUUGCAGGUGGGAAGACCUGGAGUGGUGUGUAUUUUGAUGCUGUGCCCGAGAACUGCGAGAAAGUGCGGCAGGCAAUGGAUGAGACGAACUCAGAGAUCCGUGUGCACUGCGGAUUCAGCACGCCUGACUCGGUGGUGUCUGCUAUCUGCCGCAGCCUCCAAGGGGUCCCAGGCAUGAAGGAGACCUGCCAGUCUGCAGGUGUGACGCGAGUGGCGGCAGUAGACGCUCGAGCUGCUCGCAUCGAUGUGGAUGCCCUGAGCAUCGACAUCGAUUCCUUCGACUGUGCAGUGCUGCGAGAGGUUUUGAGAGUCGUGAGCCCCAAGAUGGUCAGUGUGGAGGUGAUGCCUCUUCCACCGCCGGUCUCGGUGCUGACGGAGUUCCACCCGCAGCAUUUGCGCUCGGCCAAUGCCAACAUGUCCGGGUAUGCAGCCAUCUCGGGUGGCACAACCCGGCAGGGUGGCUUCUUUCCAGGUUGCUCCCUGUCGGCGGCCAUCGCCUUGCUGUGGCCCAACAGCUUGGGCCUCUACCGCCUCUCAGCGCGGGAUGCUCUCUUUGUACGAAAAGAUGUGGCAGAGCUGGUGCUAGGUGAGGACUGGCGCCCCGCGGACGAGUUUCAAUGUUGGCGACACCUUUGCGCCGAUCUGGGGCUCACCGCAAACCUCAUGAACCUCACAUCACUGGGAGUUUACAGACGCUUGAUGCCUUUUGUCCACGACAUGCUGAAGGAAAGGUUCUUUCAGGUCCAACAGUCCCAUCCCUUCACGCUGGCGGUGGCCAUGCCGCCACCCUCCCAAGAGCUGCCAAGUGUGAAGCUCUGGAAAAAGAGCUGCCUGCUGAUCGGUUCUGCUACCCUGCCGAGUAGUGUAUCCGGGCAGGUCGACCUGCUCCCAGCUUACGUGGGUGAUGACCUGCUUUUCUCCGUCCUAACGGGUGGAUCAACUGACACCAUGUAUAUCGGAUGGUCCUUGAUGGAGAUGGAUAGCAGCCAGAUCUACAGUGCACAGGAUGCGGCAUCCGAUGCUGUGAAGUUCCCGUUUCUGAUCAACUUCACUGUCGCAGGCCCAAGCGCAUGUGUUCAGAACACCGCAAGGGAAGUGAGCUUCUACAUGGAUGUCUACUCCACCGACAUGGACUUCAGCAUGGCCACCUUCACGAAGAUCUUCGCGGACGAGUCCUGGCUCUACCUGUUGCCUACAGCGUCGAAGCUCUUUCGUGUGGACCUGAUGACAAUUUCGCAGGUGGAAAGUUUGGACGUUGGAGGCUCGAGCUUCACUGGAGGCUUUACAGACGGCACGUAUGGCUACUUGGUGCCUAGCUGCUUGGCUAACGAAGAGUUCACCGGGUGA